CGCAACUCGAUCUCCCCAAACGACCGUGAGCAGAAGUUCCGACCGCGCAGUCCGACGUCGCCCUCCAAUGAGCACAACGACAACAUAAAGAAGCGAAAAGCGAAGGAGGAAAAGGUAUGCUUACCGCCGUGGACACCGGCCACUGCCAACCACUACAAUGGACUCAUCAUGCCGAUCUUGCAGGACAGUGACGGCGAAAAAAGCGACCAGGAGCUGGUGGUGGACGUGGCGAAUGAGGACGGCGGCGGCAAUGGCAACUCCAACUCCGCCACCAAUGGCACCUCCUCGCCGCGGGAGAACGGCAACGGUGAGGCGAAGUCCAUCAAGAAGGAGUUCCCCUCGCACAGCCCGCACUCGAGCAUCUCCUCCAACUCGAGUACGCCCUCUUCCAAGCACAAGGAGUCGGAGAAGUCGACCACUCCGGUUCCGAAGGCAGCCACCCCGAAUGGGUCGAUGUCUAAGAAUAACUCCCUGCCGAAGACUCCACUCGGCCNGAAGACUCCACUCGGCCCGCCGUACCCUUACGGAAUGCACCCGGGCGGUCCCCCUGGUCAUCCCGGUCUGCCUGCCGACCUGAGUGCCGCCGCCGCCGCCGGUCUCUACCCGGGAUCGCUGGGCCUGCACAACAGCAUGCCGCCUGGCCUCAACAACUACCCACGUGGACUGCCGUACCCCGAUCCUCAUGCGUCACUGCGAGGCACGCCUGGCUUCCCCUCCGGUCUGCCGGGCGCCGGCAAGCCCGCCUACUCCUUUCACGUCACCGCGGAGAACCAGGUCAAUCCGGUGCACUUUCCCCCGGACGCGCUGAACGGCGCCGGCAUUCCCCGACACGCCCGCCAGAUCAACACGCUCUCCCACGGAGAGGUCGUCUGCGCAGUGACCAUCUCCACGCCCACCAAGUUUGUCUACACCGGCGGCAAGGGCUGCGUCAAGGUGUGGGACAUUAAUCAUCCGAACAUGAAGACGCCCGUCUCACAGCUGGACUGCCUGCCACGUGAUAACUACAUUCGCUCCUGUAAGCUGCUUCCCGAUAACCGAACGCUCAUUGUGGGCGGAGAGGCAAACACCAUUUCCAUUUGGGACAUUGCUGCG